CUCUCACUCAUGAAGACUUUAAAUUUUGUUGACCUCGGCGCGUUGAUUACUUCUUUACACAUCAUUGUCACCUCGCAAUCAAACGUAUCCACGAACAUCACCCUGCCGCAGUCUUGACGGGUGUCUACGAAGCAUAUCUCAGUUGUGUCCAUUUUCUUUCGGGGUGAAGACCUUGGGUAGACCCAGACGUCUGCCUCCCGCCGUCUUAGUUUGAUGAAGUGAUAGCAGACGCCACCCAACAAAACUUCGGCUCUUGUCUGAUUCAACUUCCUCUUGCCGAUACUGAGGUGAGACCCAGAGGAACUUUGCCAAGUUUCCCUAUUUCCGCGUGUCCUUUUAUCCUGUUCGACGUAUUACCCGUCGAGAUUCGCUUAUCGACACGUUGAGAUUAAAACCCGAUCAAGGAGCGGACCGGCUUGUGCACAAACCAAACAGACUCGUGGCGCUUGUCAAGAUUCCCUCGGAAGGGUUCUCGGCAGUAAGAAACUGGAAUACCCGCCAGACACACAAAUCUCGAGAUUGCAUCAACCGAAUCUGCGGCGAUCUAUAUAUAGUCUACGCAUUUCUCAAUCAGCCUCUUCGCCUCACUUUUCCGUCAGUCAUCGUCUGCGUGGUAUGCCAUCUUUCAGCCGCACAAAAACGUCCUCUUUCGUCUUCAGCAAGUCGUGACAGCUUCGACAACCGACGAAAGUCAACAACCCUUCAGCUCCAUCUCACUCGUCAAGCGAUCAAACCAAACACAGACAUCUCGUCAAAAAUCUACACCACCAGGCAGUUUCUCAAGAUGGUCUCGCCAGCUGGAAACACCAGCGGCACAGAAGCCACCAAUUCUUCCAAACCACUACCUCCUCACCCCACGGCGACGACAACAACAAUAGCCGCCACAACCAUCCCCGAUGACAACACCACCCUCACCUCAGCUCCCCAGAUCAACACCAAAUCGGGCGCCAGUAUCUACAGCAAGCCCCUCAUGCUGACCGCGUACGACAAAUAUGUCCUCGGCUUCAGCAUGACCCAUCUCUGGCGUUGUCCCUCUAAAACCAUCCUCAUUCCCCUAUUUCGACAGAACUUUCGCGCCGAGAAACACCUCGACAUUGGCGUGGGCACGGGUUUCUUCAUCGGUGACGCUUUGGCCGAGAGACUUGCUAAGGACGAGCAUCUCAUGCCACUGGAGAGGGACCAGGAUAGCAAACUGGUUCAGCUCAAAAUCGAGAUCACCCUGAUGGAUCUGAACGCAGUGGCGCUCGAAAAAGCAAAGGGGAGGAUCAUGGGGGUUGUUAACAAGGCGAGAGCAGCAGGUGGCCACGGCAACGGCGGCAGCGGCAAGCAAUCGGAACAUGGAACAAACGUGGCAUCUCAAACUGUCAACGUAACCACCAUCCAAGCCGACGUGUUGGAUGAGUCACUCGUCUUUCCCCAUGGCAAGCUGUCCGAAAUCUCGAAACAGUUCAAGUCAGUCAGCAUGUUCAAUCUGCUUCACUGUCUUCCCGCUGCUCCCGAGGCGCAAGGGGGACAGGAAAUCAAAAACCGCGCCUUCAAACUCGCCGCCGCGUGUCUGGCGGAUGAUGGUGUCCUGGUUGGUUGCACGAUUCUGGGACGGAAGUACAUUGCAAAUCCGUCUCGUCCGAGUCACGGUUCGUCCGGCGGCACGGGAUCGGGAUCGGGAGUGCCGGUGAGGAAGGGAGGAAGUGUGGGACGUACAACAAGUAGUAAGAAACCUUUUAUUUUGAAGAGGAGCAUGACGUGGACGGUCAUGAAGUGGUACAAUGCGACGGGAGUGUUUGGCAACUGGGCGGAUGAGAGGGAGGGGUUCGAGAAGGGACUGAGGGAGAAUUUCGAGGUGGUGGAGACGCAUGUGGAGGGUUGUAUGCUGCUGUUUAAUGCGGCGAGGCCAAAGAGGAGUGAACUGUGAACUGCAUCGAUGUUUGGGGGGCUAAAAAAUACGACUUGAUGGGUGGAAGGGACGUUUUUAAACUGUGCACCACGGUGGUGACUGAAGCACAUAAACACAGUUCUGUUCGUGUAGAAGUGUCGUGGCGUUUGCCUCUACGAGGUCCCGGUCCGUAUACAGUUGGCCAAAGUCAGGGGUCAGUUAGAUGGAUGCUCUUACAGCCCUGAGGAAACUUCGGUGGAUUAUUGCUUCUUAUUGCUUCUUCAAGACACGUUGCUUUCAAGGAGCCAGGAGUGUACGAGCUGGUAACACAAUGUCAAAGCGACAAAGACUCGAGGUAUUCGAAAGGCGGGCUCAAGCAGCAUUUGCCGUAGGAACUUGAGAAACUCGGAUUGGUUUCGAGGAAGGGUCUACCGCAGUCUGUAAGGCUUGAUGACACAUGUAGCAUCGUCCAGCAUACAGAUGCCCACCUCUAACAAGUUACCACUAAUGGAACAUGUUUGAGAUCUCUUGCCAUUCUUGUAUUGUGUUCCAGUCUAUCUCGAAGCUCAAGGAUCUACUGAAAACAAACGUGAUAGUUCA